GUUGCAUUAUUAUCAAUUAUGCUUGAUGUUUUGUGUUAGAAAAUAGUUUUCUGACUGAAAAGAAUAGUAUACAUAUACAGAGUGAGCACAAAAGAAUUUAACGCCUUCAAAAUUAUACAAGAAAGAAAUGUGGCAUAUUUAGAACUUUACAUCCCAGUAUUUGAUAGAAAAACUCAAAAUUUUGUUUCAAAAGACCCAGGUGUUUGUUAAUGUUGUGUGCCUCUACUAGAUGCCACUAAUUUUGAGAAUAACUACUUCACAACAGAGGAGUUGGUGUGUUCUGCAGUUAGUGAAGAAAGUCUGUAACAGCUGUGCAUUUUGCACACAAUUUCAAAUGGAACCACCCAGCCUGGUAUAAGAAAUUUGAAUUUAAACUGCCAUAUCUUCCAUCAAUAGGGACACUGCUCAAGGUUUAGGAAAAGUGGGUUAUUGUCUUGACAUCUGCCAUGUGGCUCACGGAGCACAUAUUAAGUCUCUGUGAGGUGUGUACAAAACUUUGAGAGUUUUUUAAUUGACCAGUAUAGGUGUAGAGUUCUAAGUAUGCCACAUUUGUUUUCUGUAUCAUUUUGAAAGUGUAAAGUUCUUUUGUACUCAUUCUGUGUAAUUCUGUGAUGUUUCUUGUUGUAGACAUGUUUGCAGUAAGAAUGCAAUGAAGUUGAAAAAUGAACCAAAGUAUAUCAUAGUUUGAUUAGGUAAUGUACUUAUAUCUUUUGAUUAUGUUCCCUGUAAUCUUAUCAGUAUGCUUAGUUAAACACUAAUGCUAUGAGCAGUGUGGUGACUUACAGCUUAUCUUAUCAUUUCAGCUUAUACGAUUCUUUCGCUGUCAUGUGUGAAUGAAACAGAAUAAGUUGUACUAUAUACUCUAAAUUUAAAUAAUAUGAAGGUGUUGAUGCUACUGGUUUUCCCACUCCUGUUGGCUGUCAGUUAUGGUAAUGUCAAGUUGUGCCUGAAGUGCAUUUGUUACAAAAAAGCACUAAUCCAGCCACUGUACACAGUUGGCUGUUCUCAUCUUGGCCUUCAAGACACAUUCCCUAAUUUAGAGCAGUGGCCGGAAUAUGGCCAGCAGGAAGAGACCCGGAUGGCUGUGAACUUUGACUGGAAUGACAUCCAACACCUAAAGAAAUUCCCACAUAUUCCAGGAAUUGUGAGCCUCUCUCUGCAACACAACAAGAUAACUAAAAUUGCAGGGAAUGCUUUUGUUGAGUUGGAUAACCUGAAAGUACUGGACCUUAGCUACAAUCAACUUACAGCGGAAGGAGUACAAGCUGAUGUUUUUCGAGGCCGAUAUUCACCACAGCGCUAUGAUCCGCUCGGCAUUGUUGUCUUGAAUCUUGGAAGCAACCAUAUCCAUACUUUAAGCCCAUACUCUUUUGAACAUCUGCCUAACUUGACAGAACUAAGGCUCAGUUAUAAUCCACUGAAGGUUCUCAGUCCUUCUACACUCAUGUCUCUAGGAUCACCUGAUAGACUUCAGAUACUGGAUCUGUCAUACACUGGACUGUCUGAUCUGCCAGAGGCAUUUGUACAGCUCACCUCUUUGAGACAUAAGCUGCAGGUUCUGUAUCUGAAUGGCAACCAAUUCCUUCGUGUGCCACAGACACUAGCGGCAUUAGGUGACUCACUGCAAAAAUUGAAUCUCAAUGACAAUCCAAUUCUGGAACUGGAGGAAGACUCAUACCGUGGUCUCUUGUCACUGCGAGAACUCAAUAUGAGUGCCAUGUCUCAUCUUAGGAGAAUUGGACCGUCAACAUUCGCACAUCUGAGAAGUUUAGAAAUUCUCUACUGUUCAUACAACCACAAUUUAACAGAACUGGAUGAAGAGGCAUUUGGAUAUGGAGACAAUCCAUGGACCCUAAGAGAGCUGUACCUGAGAAGCAAUGCCCUGCACACCCUACCAGUACAUCUGGCUCCAUGGAAGAAUCUUGCUGUUGUGGAUGUACAGGACAAUCCAUGGUGCUGUGACUGCAACUUGAACUGGUUCAUCAAUGAACUUGUGCCCCUCUUGGCAGACAUAACUCCUGAUCUUGUGCUGGGAUUGCACUGCUCAGAGCCAUUGCAGUUGAGUGGUAUGAGUUUCCUGAGCCUCAGAAACCCAGCUAACUCAUCAUUACUUUGUGGUGAUAUGAUCACUUCAACAUCAAAGACUGUGUGGGACCACUCAGUACAACUAUACUCUGCAUUUCAGGCAGUCAUAAUUGUGCUACUUGUCGCUGCUGCUGGUUUGGCUAUCCUGUACUAUUUACAGCUUAGAAGGAAUGCAAUGCACAGUAUUCAGACACAAUUCAGUAACAUACGUUACAUGAAGGCAAAGACAGAAACAUGAGCCAUGUUCGCAUUUUAUAAUGACUGUUACAGUAGUAAUAAAAAUGUUAGAAUGAUAGGCAGGUAGUUUGUAUUAACUCCUAGUACAGUGUCAAUGUGGAUUUGGCAUCAUAUUUCAUUCUACUGCAUUAACACUUAGUUGUAAUGACAUUUUUGCUCUUAUGUGGGACUCCUGCUACAUGCCAUCUGUCACUUGUAAUUUUUUAUGAAAUAUCCUGCCAAGCUAAUGUGGGAUUUAUGGUAAGUAAAUCUGCAAGGAAAAUGUCAGAUGUGUAACUUUUAAAGGAUUGUAUGAAUAUUUUCCUACCUGUGAUUUUUCCCCCAGUGUCAUGAGAUUCUAUUGUUACAGUUGAUUGUAUUUUUAGUUCUCUAUAAUAUUAUUUUUGUAAAUUAUUUUGUGUGGUUAGAAAUUAUUAAAUUAUCUAUGAUAUAUUUUAUAAAUUUGGUCACAAUAUGCUUGUUUACUUGUAGGAAGGAAUGAGAGAGAAACAAACAGUCCUGUUUUCCAGGAGAAAGAAAUAUGACUUCUGGAAUUUUAACAUUAACUGUUCCAUUCCAAGAGAGUUUCAUGGAUCAUCUCUUCCACCAUCCUUGUUGAUGAUACUGUAACACCACUCGGAGUCUUCCCUUAUCUCCGAAUGCUGUAUCUGUCAGCAGCAACCAUACUGACUCACCUGUCAUGUCUCAUGAUAAAUGAAUCAGUAUAAUUGCAUUUUAGUUUUCAAGAUAUAAUUAUAAUUGCAAAUAUUUACCAAAGAUGAAGGUUUGGUACUGAGGAGGGCACCAAGGUCAGUUUUGGCAUGGUUGCCACGACAGUAAUCCCUACCCUCACCAGGAUUAAAACCUGGUCAUGAAACCAGUAGCCUGUCACUAAAAAGAAUGAGUUACCUCAGGUCAUUAUAAUCAGAUAUGACUGUCUUACUAAAUAUCCUUUUCUUUCAAGAGAAAAAGCUAGAGAUAAGUCCACUGAUAUUACAUAACUCAUUAUUUAUUUUAUUACAUACCACAUAAUAUCCACACUCUUUUUAAAUUUCAGUCACUUUUACAAACAUCAUUAAAUGACAAAUUUAUGAUGAGUGCAGUUUAAGAAUACAGAAUUUCAAACAUGGUGAAAUAACAUCCAUGCAAGUAUUAAUAAUACAUUUUCAAAAAAAUUGUUUUACUGUAUAAACCUUGCUUCUUUUCCUUUGUUGUUCAUAGGUAUACAGAUUCAUAGUAAUUUCUUCCUUCCUGAAAAUUACUUUUGAGUUGUUGUUUUUUUACUUAUAAGAUUGAUGUAUAAUACAUGACAAAUAAUAGCUACUAUAAAUGUAGAUUAGACAGAAGAGAACAAAUAAAAGCUAUUUUUUAGGCA